AUGUGCUCUAGUGAAAGCGAGGAAUGCUCCAUUCCGUAUCCCCUUCGUGCUUCGAGGCCGGUGGGUAAGCGGAUUGCACGCCUGGACAAAGAUCGCCUUGGGCAGCUCUAUUCCCCAGGACAAUGGGAGAAGGUCAAUCUUCUUGCAACGCUGAAUGAAGGCGUAUUCUCUGGGCCCCCGCACGUCAACCUCCACGUUUGGCAUGCUCCAAGGGACACGCGUCCUACUUUCAAGGAAGCCACAGAUCCCUCUAACCAGUACGAAGAAGCAAAUUUAGGCCAAGAAUUUGGUCCUUCUUGGUCUACCCACUGGUUCCAGGUCUAUCUCCAACUCCCCAAAGAGAUCUGUAGCAAAGAGCACGUCGAGUUGCACUGGGACUGCAACAAUGAAGCUACGGUUUGGACACAAGAUGGUAAGCCUCUUCAAGGUCUCACUGGCCGCGGAGAGCGUACGGAGUGGAUUAUUCCAGAUUCCUUCAAGGACGGACAGAAGCAUCUAAUUUUUGUUGAAAUGGCAUGCAAUGGCAUGUUUGGGAAUGGGCCUGGCAGGCCAAUCUUCAAGAACAACCCAGGCGGUGACUCAAUUCAACCUCCCGACCAGAAUAAAUAUUUUGCGUUGUCCAAGGCAGAAAUUGUGGUGGUGAACUGGGACGCAAGAAUGCUAUGCAUGGAUAUAAUGGCUAUCCACGAUGCCGCUGUCGAACUACCAGAGGAGAGUUGGCAACAACACAAAGCGUUGAGUGUGGGUACGAGGAUCAUCAACACUUUCCGGCUCGGCGAUAACGACUCGAUCAUCCGCUGUCGGAAGAUUGCCGAGGAAUUUAUUGGGCCCAAUACCGGCUCUAGCGACAUUUAUUCAGCUGACGACGAACAAAAUGUUGAUGUCUUCGCGGUUGGUCACUGCCAUAUAGAUACCUGUUGGUUGUGGCCCUGGGCAGAAACCAAGAGAAAGGUCGCUCGAUCAUGGCUCAACCAGUGCGACUUGAUGGACCGGUACCCCGAACUGACUUUUGCAUGUUCACAAGCUCAGCAAUUCCAGUGGCUAAAGGAGGACUAUCCCCAUGCCUGGGAGCGCGUGAAGGAAAAGGUUCUAUCGGGGCAGUUUCAACCAAUUGGUGGCUGUUGGGUUGAACAUGAUACUAAUAUUCCAAAUGGCGAAUCGCUGGUGCGGCAAUUCUUGUAUGGCCAGCGGUUCUUUGAGGCCAACUUUGGCUCUCGUAGCCGUGUUCUCUGGCUUCCAGAUUCCUUCGGGUUUUGUUCUCAGCUCCCACAAUUGUCCAGACAGGCUGGGAUGCCGCAUUUUUUGACACAGAAAAUAUGCUUCAACAACAUUAAUCAGUUCCCGCAUACUUCAUUCAACUGGGUGUCACUAGACGGAAGCCAGGUACUCUGCCAUAUGCCUCCCGUUCGCACUUACACCGCAGAGGGUACCGUUGCGGAUGUUCAGCGCUGCAUCACAAAUCAUCUUUCCAUGGACCAAGAUCACACGUCCCUGAUGGCAUUUGGAAAAGGCGACGGUGGGGGCGGUCCAACCUGGCAGCAUUUGGAACGGCUUAGACGAUGCCGUGGUAUAUCGGAUACAGUCGGUAUGCUACCUCGAGUCCAUGUGGGCAGUUCCGCCGACAAAUUCUUCGAGAAGCUGCAACGGAAGGCCGAUUCGCUCGCCACAUGGAAUGGUGAUUUGUACUUUGAACUGCAUCGUGGCACCUACACCACACAGUCGAACACUAAGCAAAACAACCGCAAAGCCGAGUUUUUGAUGCGAGAUAUUGAGCUUCUUGCUACAAUUGCAUCAAUAGCGAACAGGUCUUAUAAAUACCCAAAAGCAGAGAUUGACAGCCUGUGGCAGAAGAUCCUUCUUUGUCAGUUCCACGACUGCCUUCCGGGAACUGCAAUUCGAAUGUGCUACGAUGACUCGGAUCAAGUGUACGAACACGUUUUCAAAACGGGCGAGCUUGUUCUCCAAGCACUCUACCGGACUUUCAAUCUGGAGUUACCAUCCGAGUCCAGGCCCUUGGAGCAUCAGAACUCGGUUGCACUCAACACCCUUCCCUGGCACCGCAAGGAAAUUGUUGACUUCUUGGACACAUCUUGUGUACUGGCUUCGGGUACAGGAACCAUACUUGCCCUCGAAGAAAUCACACCAGUAUCGUCAGACAGACCCGUCACAGUUCAGGAGGUCUCCACUGGGGUUUUCAAGCUCCAGAAUGAAAAUUUAUCUGUCACGGUAGAGAGAGGUUGCAUCAUCUCUUUGUAUGACAAAAGGGCAGACCGCGAGGUAAUUCCUCAUGGCAGACAAGCGAACCGUUUUGUCCUAUUCGACGAUAAGCCGAUUUACUGGCAAGCCUGGGAUGUUGAGGUCUACCAUCUGGAUACGCGAGAGGAGCUCGCAAGCUCUACCACAUUCAUCACAGAAGACAACUACCAUCGCGUUGCCGUCUCGACUGAGACCAAGAUCAGCAAUGGAAGUUCUAUUCGACACACAAUUUCUUUGUCUGCAUCAUUCGAUGAAAGCACUCCGUCUUCUGUGGAAUGCACUGCAGAGAUCGACUGGCACGAGUCCAUGAAGUUCCUUAAAGUAGAAUUCCCGGUCGACAUUCGCAACACGGAAGCAGCAUACGAGACGCAAUAUGGAAUCAUCAAGCGGCCAACCCACUACAACACAUCGUGGGACAUGGCAAAAUUCGAGGUCUGUUGUCACAAAUUCGCAGACCUUUCUGAGCAUGGAUACGGCGUCUCGAUCCUCAACGACAGCAAGUACGGGUUCGCGACGGUCGGCAAUGUGAUGCGGCUGUCCCUCCUGCGUUCUCCGAAGGCCCCAGAUGAUACAGCUGACAUGGGUAAACACACCAUCCGAUGGGCUAUAAUGCCUCACCAAGGCAUAUUAGGCCCAAGUACUGUCCGUGCAGCGUUCAACUUCAACAAUCCUCUGAAGCUCCUCACAGCAACAUCGAAGACGGCCAUUUUGAACAAUUUCCCUGUCACGCUUGAGGGUGACGAGAGUCUCGUUCUGGAUACAAUCAAGCGCGGCGAGGAUGACGAGGAUAUUAGUACUGGAGAGCUGCCAAAACGAAAAGGACGAAGUGUCAUACUAAGAAUCUAUGAUUCUGUUGGUGGCCGGUCGCGGGGAACAGUAAGAACUGUGUGGAAUCUCAGGAGGGUCUACAAAACAAAUCUCUUGGAAGAUGAUGAAAAGGAGAUUCCUGUUGAAGAUAGCACCUUCCAUGUUGACCUGGGGCCUUUCCAAGUAGGGACAUAUCGACUCUGCUUGGAUGAUUAG